GGUCGCGUGAGGCCGCGUCGUCGGUGCACAAAGAAACCAAGUGCCUCAGUCGAAAUCCAGGAGCGUUGGAGGAGAUCGCCCGCGCUCAAUUCCUUGGCGUUGAUGGCACGACGGAUUUUGUUGACAUUGGAAAUCAGCACUUUUCCGAGCUAUGCUCCCGAAGAUCCUGUAUAUUACGAACAUCAACGUUUAUAAUCUAACGGUGGAAUAGACAAAACAUCAAAGUGUAUCAUGUCAUGAAGAAGGCUCUGAGUUUAGAACGAGAGAAACGCGAUGCUGGAGAAUCUUUUAGAAUAUUAAACACGCGACACACGACGGAUUAGAAUAAUCGUUCGCAAUUAUCCGAAACGUAAGAUGACAGCGGAAGCUGUUAACGUAAGAUUCAUUCAUAACACGUCAUCUCUCGCAAAGAGAGUAUUAUACAGCGUAGAUUCCAUUCUGCACGCUUCAUUCAAAUGUUUUUAUACAGAUCCGUUAAACGCUGUCUGAGAGAAAGGACUAUAAAGUACCGCGAAAAGAAGAUUGCCGUAUGAUAAUAUCGGGGUCGGCGAGAAUGCAAAAAGUAUAAAAGUUAAGAGGUGAGAAGAGUUGAGUCAUCAUGUUGAUACCUUAAGAACACUCUUCUGACUCUAAUGGGGGAAUCCGCUCGUGUCGGCUGGGUCAUUCCGCGGCGAUGCGGCGGAUUCCAAGAAUAACGGAGCGUAAAACUUAUUGAGACGGCGGGUCGCGCCUUGGAGAGUCUCCUCGACGUUAGCGGGUUUCGUCUACGAAUCACGAUGUGACCGAUCGUCACCUGAAAGUGCUCUGCGGCUCGAUCACGUCAACAUAUGACGUCUAUCGUUCUUUAACGGACGUCCGUGAGAAGCUAAUGCGACGACUAUCAGCUGACACUUUAAGGUGCGACGCUACUUAUUCGGAGUUUCGUUCAAAUCGUAGUGUAAAGGACAUUGGGUACACGAUCCAACAUGGAACCAAGAAAGCGACCGAACGAUCUUUCUAUUCGUAUCUUCGGAUGACUGUCGAGUGUAAUUUGAUAGAUUGAUAAGAAUCGCUGGUUGCAUUUCGAGACUUGUGAGACGCGAGAAUCCGAGAGGCCGACACAUUGGCAAUCGGCAUGAGCAACGGCGAAGGUGUGGUGACGGGCCCGGGUUCCGGUAACGAUCAUCUGUGCGAGGACGUCGACAUGGCCACUCCGACAUCAGCGUCUUCGAAUCUGAAGCCGCGAAGCGGCAAGAUCAGCUUCAGCGUCGACGCCCUGCUGAGCGGCACGAAGAAGAGUGCCAUCACCGGCGGCACCUUUGCGGCCAGGCGAGACAACGAUGACAGGAUGGACGCCGAAAAGAAUAUCGAGAUGGAGGCGAGAUAUCGAGAGCUUCUGAUGGAGCAGCAGAGACUACAGAGCAGAGAACUACUCGCCAGGUUGAGUCCCCACGGUCUCGCCGGCUUCGGAAAUCAUCACCAUCAUCAUCACCCGAACAGACUCGAGCAAGAUCACCCGCCCGCACGACAGGAGAUGCUCACAGUGAAGGAUUUCUCCAGGACGAGCCACGACAAGUCGUCCUCGCCCAUCAGAAUAGACCAGGAGAACCCGAGAGACCGACUGACCAAUUCGCCGAGUGGAAUCGGCGAGACGAUGCUCCAACGAGAACAGGAGCGUAUUCAGGAGGAGGACGAGAGGAUCGACAGGAUCACCAAUCCGAGAUCCGUGUCGCCCGCGAGCAGACGAGAGAUCCUCGACGAUCGUAGCGAUUCCGAAGCGAAUCGCUCGCUGGAAGGAGACCGUACGACGGAUCAUCUGGAUCUCGAGGACAAUGAGAUAAGAAGCGUCGGUCAUUCUGAGGAUCUAAACGUGAUGGACUCGGACUGCGAGCUGGAGAGGGACCUGGAAACGAGCCAGGAGAAGGAGGAGAAGUCCAGCCCGGUAGUGCCUCAGCCGAUUCAUCCCGGAGUGCAAAGGCCCUCGCAGGGCCCGCCGUAUCUCGCCGGAGCACCCGGCGCUCCCGGCUGGAACCCCGCGGGAUUUCCGCAUUCUCUGGCGGGGUUCGCGUGGCUGCCCCCACCUCCGCAUCCGCACAAUCCUCAUGGACAUCUUUACACGCCGCACGGUGGGCCCACCAGCCCGAACGGGGACUUAAGAUUACCGGGACCCGGACCAGGCCCGGUCAGAUGCACUCUCAGGAAGCACAAACCGAACCGGAAGCCGAGAACGCCGUUCACGACGCAGCAGCUGUUAUCGCUCGAGAAAAAGUUUCGCGAAAAACAGUACCUAACGAUAGCCGAAAGAGCGGAGUUCUCGUCGUCUCUUCACCUCACGGAAACGCAGGUGAAGAUCUGGUUUCAAAACCGAAGAGCUAAGGCGAAGCGACUUCAGGAGGCGGAAAUAGAGAAGUUAAGACUAUCCGCGAGGCCCUUGCUGCACCCUAGCUUUGGAUCGGGGUUAAUGUUCUCCGGGGUGGGCCCGCCUGGUGCUCCAGGAGUACCUCCCUUCAUUGCAGCUGCCAUGGCUAGGCACACCCAUGCCGCGGCAGCAGCGGCCAUGUUCAUGGGGCCGCCUGGACACCGACCUUAAUAAUGACAUGCCAAGAUAUAAUACGCGUGUAAUUCAAAGUCAUUUUUGAUGUCUGAAGACCCAACCUGCUCACAAAUUGAGGAUCCUAUGACGCAGAGUCUAGGAGUUGCCAAGGAUUCAUAGAAACAUAAAUCUGCACGUUUAUUUCAAGAAUCUAAGGGAGAAUCCAAACUCUGGGAGUUUAACAAUCUGGAGAACCACAAUGGAGAACCAUCUAAGAAUUAGGAACUGGAGAAAAGUGAGGAUUUGCGAAGUGAUCGAAACAUCCAAGAACUCAAACAUUUGAAAGCUAAAAAGAUCGAAAAUUUGCGAAUUGGAGAUUCAAGAGAGCAGAGACUAGAAAUUUUAGAAUUCAAGAUUCCAAGAACUCCGGAAACUGAAAGACCAAAAGUAGUCUAAUAAAGUAAUCAGUAAUAGAUCCGCAAAAUGGAAUUUAAGUGAUCUUUCUUUCACGCGAAGAAGAAAAACUGUCUGAAAGUUCUGCGGCUGCUCUUAUUUAUUAGUCCACCUUCCGCCCGUCUUUAAUUAUCCAUUCUUCUACCGGUACCGAGGAUAUUGGGAUCCACUUAACAUUGGAAGUCGAAAUUGGCUAUAGGAGUGGCUCUGUGGCGAUACUCGCGCGUUAAUCCGGACGGCUUAUCUCCAGAGGGGUACAUAUAAUCUGAAGUCCGAAGCUAUCGUUCGAGAGACCCGUAGCUUGAAGAGACAUCGUCACGUAAUUUUUUCGGGACGAUGGAAUAUAAUAUAUAUCGGCGCCUCGAGAGGCGCGCGAAACUUUGAUCUCAAGAAAAAGCACGAGUGUACAUAGUGUAAAUAGAUACGCGUUCGUACGAUAACUAUGGGUGUACGUAUGUAUAUACACACGUGUACAGGACGCUAUACCCUCAAGGAGAGGAAAUCGCGAGGAACGAGCGUUCAAAAGUUAGCUUAACGAUUUGGACCGCGCUGGACCUAGCAAACGUUCGUUCAUGGGUGUGUUUUUAAUGUGGACCGGUCGAGAGAGUGCAGCGACAUGAAUGUGCGAGGUACGUUUAAACAGUUCCGAGUCUGAGAGCAUUAAAAGAGAAAUAGUUAACGUCGAAGCCAAAUGUAAUAGUUGUUUCUCUAAAACUAAUUCUCACAAUCAUAUUAAAUCUAUUCGUUUAUAUCAGAAAUCUUUUUUUUUCAACCUCAAAAUUUUAGUUACAUUUUGCAUCAGAGACAUCAGUGACGUUUCUAAUAGCUGCCACAAGUAAAGAACAAACUCAUUGAUCUUCAUUGGGAAUUACACAGUUCGUACCUCACAUAAUCUCGAUGUCUUUCAGACUUGUUGAAUUUUUUUUCUAUGCAAGAAGGCGAGGGGCAAGUGCGUGUAAAUUAUGUAUCAGCUUGUGUUGAUUGUGAAUCGAGGGAGACGGAAUCGCUCAUAGACAGUAAAAAGCUAACGUUACGAAUGUGGCGUGGUUCUAGACGUACCUAUGCGCCUUGUAUAAAUGUAAGAUGAUAAUUUAUCCAUGGAAGUAUAUUAUAGCAAAAUAAAAGAUUUCAGUAUUUA